ACUAAUGUUCCGACGUGUCAGGGAUGCUCUGGCUGCAGCGUUGGAUUAAACAGUCAUCGUGGUUUCAGAUGUUUUGGACAUACACUUUAGAAACGUCUCCUGGCAGCGAAGUGACCCGGUGGAGUAGGCCGAGCUGUUCAGCACCAUGGCGAGCUCCCGCGCUCCGCGCCCACUGCACGGCCACAUGUUUGGAUUCCACGGGGGGAGCAGCUCAUAACUGGUGAACUGUAGACUCACUUUGUUUGGAAACUUUAUUCUACUAACAAUAUCACAGUGCACGCGAACCUGUCAAAAAAGCGCGUGGUUGCUAGGCGACCACAUAGUCUGAGCAUCGCUACAAGGCGAUUCUUGGUUGGAUUUCCAAGUUGCUAUUCACAUAAAGUGCGCGGCGAUCGCGGGUGCGCCGCUGAUGUGAAAUGCGUUUGCUUUUGUCACCAGUUUGGAGCGUUCCUCAGCCAAUCAGAGUGAAGAACCGGCCCCUCACAGCUCCCCUCCGCCCGCCCAGAACUGUAAUUGGCUGAUGUGAAAAUCAAUUUUCCCACUACACUACUCUCUCGGGAUAAAUACUUCUUGGAAAUGUGCCCUCCCACUGAUAUCUAUGUAAUGCUAUAGUGCCAUUCACUGAACUCACAUAGGGGCUGCAUUUAAGCCUGGGAGACUUGGGGGGGGAGAGCCAGAUGCUGAUGCAGGUUUGAAGGCAGGAAAAUAACAAACCUAAACUAACAUCAUGAGUUUGAACUACGCGUCUGCGGCGCCCACGCAGAGGUCGACUUCGUUUUUCAUUGAGGAUAUCUUACUGCACAAACCCAAGCCACUGAGGGAUGUCAUUCCCUCGCCGUUCUGUAGCUCCCUGGCCUCCCGGAUGCCCAUCCUUGAGUAUGGAUACCCACUGAUGCCAACGCCAAUACUGGCGCCACAUGCGCACCAUCCUCUCCACAAGCCCGAGCAUCACCAGUACUUCUUCACAUCUGGGAUGCAGAUGCCGGCCUUGUUCCAGCACCACGCCGAGUUACCAGGGAAGCACUGCAGGCGCAGGAAGGCCAGAACGGUUUUCUCCGACUCGCAGCUGUCCGGCCUGGAGAAGAGGUUUGAGAUCCAACGGUACCUGUCCACACCGGAGAGAGUGGAGCUGGCCACAGCGCUGAGCCUGUCCGAGACACAAGUAAAAACGUGGUUUCAGAACCGGCGGAUGAAGCACAAGAAGCAGCUGAGGAAAGCGCAGGACGAGCGCAAGACGCCCGGGGAGCUGGAGAGGUCCGGGGAGAACUCAAGCGAGAGCGAGCUGCACAACAAGAGCGCGGAGGAGCUCAAACAGGGACUGGAGCCGGACUCGUACAUGCUGGAGGAAAACGACGACGACGUGGAUAUCGAGGAUGACAUUUGCUCACCGGACCAUAUACUAUAGUAGGCUGCAGAGCUGUUUUAUAAGCUGUAAAUAUAUUGUAGAUAACACUUAACCUUUCCUUCCAUAUGAAUAUAGAAAUGGCAGCUUAUUACCAUUAUCAUUGUUAUAAUUCUACACGUGUUUAUUUUGAAAUGUUAUUUCCGUGUUUUUGUUUUUUCAGUCUAAAAAUCUGUAGAAAUGAAAGAUGAGCCAAGCUCUUUGCUUUGUAACAUGGACGCACCUCAUCCUUUUGCACUUUCAUCACAAACGAAAAUUUCCAUGCUAUCCUUUAUAGCAUUUUUUAAUCUUUAUUUCGAUUUGUGGAUUGAUAUUUCUUUUCAUUUUGUUUACAAUAUUGGACAUUUUCUAAAUGAACUUCUGGUCGGAGACUACUUCAGUGACCGCCCUUUAUAUUUCUG